CCAGACUCCAUCUCUCCAGGGAGCAAGGCUGACUUCCCGUCCCCUCACGGUUGCAGACGGUGCGCGCGCCACUCGGCUCGCUUAGCCAUAUCUCGACACGAGGCUUGUAGGAUGGAUGACUCUGGCGCACACAACAAGGCUGUAUUUGGCAAUGAGGAAGGCUCAAGGAUCAUCACAACCAUCACAGCCCUCCAGCUCGCUACAGGGAAUGGUGUUCGACGUGGUAUUAAAGGGUCAAUCUUUCCGGGUUCGAAAAGGUCAGAACAAUCACAACUUGAGUCCUUCGUUCUCCUCUGCGAGCUUCUGUCUCGAUUACGCUCUUUCACCCCGUUCCUCCACAUUCUUUUACUGUCUCAAGAGACCUUCUUUCUCAUCCACGUUCGUGAACAACAAUCACACACGCUCUGUAGUUGACAGACCUCCACUUGAAACGAUGAAGCUGUACGCCCUCACUGGCUUGGCCUUGGUGGCCAUCUCCAACGCCGCGCCUCAUGCCGGGCAAGCCAAGCGCGGCCUGCUCGAGGAGAGGUCGAUACUCCCCAACCCGGGGACGAUCACCGAUGCGAUCACAGUCACCGAUGCGAUCACAAUCACCGACACAUCUACGUCGUUCACAACUGUCGGCGCGAUUGACACCGUGACGGCAACAGUGACGGGCUUCACGUCCACCCUCACGUCGACGACGACCGCGUUCGAUACGGAAACGUCGACUACAACGGCCGUGGCGACUACAGUCUACACCAUCCCUGAAGAGACGACCUCCACCCAGACGUCGACCGUUGUUAGCACUGUCACCGACGUCACGACUGCGACGUCCAUCUUCACCACUAUUGCUUCCACGGACAGCUUGACUACCACUACAACGUCUAUCUCGACGACAGUCUAUACCAUCCCUGCGGAAGUAACUGCCACCUCGACAACGACCAGUAUCACUACGAUUCCGGCCACGACUACACAAACAUCUACCUCCAUUUCUACGACAGUCUUCACGAUCCCCGCCGAAGCUACGACGACGCUCACAACCACCGUUGUAACGAACGACGUCACGGCGACGGAGACAAUUACAAACACGGCCACCGAAACCUCUACCGUCACGUCGGACGUAACGACCACUCAGCUCUUCACGCUAGACGUGACAUCGACCCUAGCUGCAACCACAACAUCCACAGCGACCGAAACUGCAUUCGCCACGUUCACGACGGACGUGAUCAACACUUCUACCGAGACGGCCACCGCAACGACCGAUGUCUCCGUCACGCAGACUCUCACCGCUACCUCCACCAAGACCCACGAAGUUAUCUUCACGGAUAGGACGACGUUGACUCAGCGCAUUCGAACCACUGAUCUGAUCACUGUCAAAGCCUUUACGACUGCCAGUCCGGCGGCCACCACGACUCCGGCCGCCGCGGCUGUGCAGAAUGCGGCCGCGAAGAAGAGGAAGUCUCAUUAGAGUGAAGCGGGAACUGGGAGGACGCAAUUAUGGGCGUGGGGAUAAUAAACGCGGUAUAAUGGGUGGCCGUUCGUUGGAUUCGAUGGAGUGGUUUAUCUCGUAUUG